UCACUCCUCUCGAGAUUUUCCGCCUUUUUUUUUCCCACCCUUUUUUACUAAGCUACUUUCCAUUUAUUUUUGUGUUUUUAAAGCACACUUUGUUCUCUCCAUAGAAAGAGAAGGAGAGAAGGAACUGGAAUUCCCCACGGGAAGGUGUCAAGGUGAUGAUGAGAUAUGAAUAAGCGUUAUCUUGGGCUAGAAGGACUUUUCAUCAAAAACCCCAGGGAAGUUACAACGUUGCCUAGGGUUUUUGUGAGAAGAAAAUUUAGGUGGGAGGGUGAGUUUUCAUGGGUUGAACUGGUGAGUUAAUGAUGGGGAGUUUAAGUGAAGAGGAAGAUCAAUUCUUUGACACCCGUGAAGACAUCACCUCUGUAUCUGAUUCAGGAUCCGAUUGUCCCGAGAAUUCUGAUUCUGAGUGUCCUGCAUCUGUUAAUUCAAUGCCCCCUAACUUUGGAUUUGAAAUUUGGAUUAAGAACCUCAGCAGCAUUCGUGAACGACGUGAUAAAUUUCUAAAAUGGAUGGGUUUAAGUGUAGAUCAGGCUGUCAGGGAAGGUCCCUCUAACAUGUGUUGUGAUGAAAUUGAAGUGGAGACUGAUAGAAUUAUGGAGAAGAGUGGCGCAGUCUUAGGAUCGUCAAGUUUUGAUGAUGGUUUUUCAUCAAGUCAGUCUUCCAUGUCUUGUUGGUCAAGUGAUGCCAGGGAGUUGUCAGAUGGGGCAUUGGAUGAUAAUUUCAAGUGUAGGAUUAAGAAUUUGGAUGAUGGAACAGAGUACAUUGUGGAUGAACUUAGUCAGGAUGGCAUGUUCAGGAGACUGCAGGAAGUAGGUUCUAAUCAUUUGCUUACCAUUGAUGAGUUUGAAAGGAGGCUUGGCUUAUCCCCUCUAGUUCAACAAGCAAUGCGUCGAGAAUUCAAGGAGGUUUCCAUUUUAGGGCCAGAAAGAAAGCAGGGAAAAAGGGGAUGGCUUAGGCGAUUAGGUGCUGUUGCUUGCAUUGUUGAUAGGCAGGUUGAAGCUUCUCGAAUGAUAUCCAGUGAUUGUUAUCCAAAUUUAGAGGCUAGGAUUCAAAUGGUUCGAGUUAGAUCUUACAAGAAACGGUUGAAGGAGUUCUCUGCUCUAUAUAUGGGGCAAGAUAUACAAGCCCAUGAGGGUUCAAUCUUAACAAUGAAAUUUAGCCCAGAUGGUCAGUAUCUUGCAAGUGCAGGGGAAGAUGGUAUUGUGCGUGUGUGGCAAGUUGUGGAGUCUGAAAGAUCAAGGAAUUCUGACAUUCAUGAUGUCAAUCCUUCAUAUGUCUACUUCACAGAAAAUAACUUUUCUGAAUUAGUUCCUCUUCAUGCGGACAAAGAGAAAAAAGGUAAAUUGAAGAGUGUGAAGAAAAAUUUGGACUCAGCUUGUGUCAUUUUCCCUCGUAAAGUUUUUCAAAUUUCAGAGAAACCUAUCCAUGAGUUCCAUGGGCAUUGUGGUGAGGUCCUGGAUCUCUCAUGGUCAAGGAAUAAGCAUGUUCUAUCGUCCUCUGUUGAUAAGACAGUUCGCUUGUGGCAAGUCGGAUGUGACCAAUGCAAAAAAGUAUUUUCCCACAAUAAUUAUGUGACAUGCGUUCAGUUUAAUCCUGUGGAUGAUGAUUACUUCGUAACUGGUUCCAUAGAUGGGAAAGUGCGCAUCUGGGCAAUUCCUGGUUCCCACGUUGUUGAUUGGACUGACGUGACAGAUAUUGUCACAGCUGUGUGUUAUCGUCCUGAUGGAAAGGGUGCAGUUAUUGGUUCAAUGACUGGCAAUUGCUGCUUUUAUGAUGCUUCAGAUAACCAUCUGCAACUUAAUGCUGAAAUAGGUUUACAGAGUAAGAAGAAGUCACCAUGCAGGAGGAUAACUGGAUUUCAGUUUUCACCUGGGGACCCAGAUAAAUUGAUGGUCACAUCUGCUGAUUCUCAAGUCCGAAUCCUCCAUGGUGUUGAUGUGGUAUGCAAAUUUCGAGGCCUGCGUAAUGCAGGGAGCCAGAUAUCUGCAUCAUUCACCUCGGAUGGGAUGCGCAUUGUUUCUGCAAGUGAGGAUUCUUAUGUCUAUGUGUGGAACUACAUUAGCCAGGACAGCUCAGUACCCCAAGCAAAGAACAACUGGUCUUGUGAACGAUUUUUCUCGAACAAUGCAUCAGUUGCAAUACCUUGGUGUGGGAUGACAUCUAGAAACUCUGUUUUCUCCAAUUUAUCAGGAACGUCACCAUCACCUAGAGUUUUUUCUAGCUCAUGGAGGUGCAAUGAAUAUACUGGGGCAUUGCAAUCUGAGUUGGGUGAGAGUUCUCAACACAAAUUGCCAUUCUCAUCUUCUGAACGUUUUUCACUGGGCCAUGGAUUUUUUUCAGAAUCCUUGCCCAAAGGUACUGCAACCUGGCCAGAGGAAAAGCUUCCUCCUCCAAACUCAUUGGUAGUGUCUUCUGCAAUGUGUAAAUCUCAAUACAGGUUGCUUAAGACAUCUUGCCAGAGUGCACUGGGUUCUUCUCACGCAUGGGGCCUUGUAAUUGUAACUGCUGGCUGGGAUGGACGGAUCAGAUCAUUCCAAAAUUAUGGAUUACCAAUCCAGCUUUAACUUAUUGAGGAGAUGACUUCCGAAUUUUGCUAUUUGAUUUUGGCCAAAACAGGGGUUACAUCACACAUCUUGAAGCUUUUGUCUGUUCAGACGUGGGGCUAAAAUGAUUGAUGAUUGGUUGAUUUCCUGUUUGUGUAUGAGUGGGUUUAAGGUACAUCCACAUCGAUAUCAGGACGUGGCGUUGAAUGGAAUACAUGUAUUCUGAUCUGAUGUCAAAGCCAUCCUUUUUCUUUAGCAGGCCAGCCAAGGUUCUCAGGUGUGUUAUACUGGAAUCAAAUCAUAGUUGUAGUCAAAAUUCUUUUCCUGUGCUUUAGUUCUGCCGGAUGUUGAGAAGUGGCCGGUUGUAUCUAACUGGAUCAAAUAUCCUGUUUAAAGAUACCAUUCUUUAAUUUGUUGAAAUUGAAAAUCUAAAUUAGAGGGUCAUGCCAAAGAGUCCCAUUUGAGGUUUUGUAUAUUGCUGUACAACUGGAGAUGUUCUGUGGGGUCUUUUGGAGACUCAACUUUUAGAGUGCACAAGGAGGAAAAUUAUAGCUGGUGGUCAGGAGUUACUCUGGAAAAAAAGUGGGGCUCUUUUCCUCUCAUGAUUUUUUGGUAGUUGAAUGAUUGGCAGCCAUGGUGCAGUAAGAGCUUUGGACCAUUCUGGCCGCUGCUUGCAUCCUCUGAGUGGAUGGGGUCAUUGUCAAAUGACUGGUCGGUCAAUUUCCACUUUCCAGUGAUAAGCUGCAUUUGGGUUGUUGUUCUAGUGCCACCAAGCCAAGCUAAGUCUUUUGUGUUCUACCUGGAAGAGCUAUUUGGUCUACGAAAGGUUGGCUUGUGAGCCUCAAUCCCAUGUGAUGCCAGGUAAAAUCUUAGUUGUCAUAAUUAAUUCGCAAGCUUUGUAUUUAAUUUUUGAUACCCUUGGAACCAAUUGCAAGGGUUGAUUAUAGAAAAGAAAAAUUUGCAUAUAGAGGAUCUGAAUCUUUUUUGUUUUUUUGAAAAAGGAUCCGAUGUAUGAUUGCAAGUGUAGUGUGCUUCUGAGAAAAUGAAAAAAAAAAAUUACACUA